UUGGACUAAUGUGGCAUCUAUCAGCACUCGUCCGAAACUCGCGAACAUACCAAUUGCAUCCUAAGCAAGAAAGUUUCAUCAAACAGCUGUCAUCUUAUGAAAUUAUCACCCCUCUCCGCAUUAACGAUUUUGGAGAGUCGUUCCCUCAUAAACUACACUACAAACGGAAGCGCAGAAGUACGGAUGCGGACUUGACGGGUUUGAGGGCUCAUUAUAGAAUAGACGCCUUCGGACAGCGAUUCCAUCUCAACCUAACGGCGGAUUCGGGAUUUAUAGCUCCCUCUUACACCGUGACACAUUUAGGACUGGAGCACAGGAACGACUCCAACACAGACUUCAAUGAUAUGCGCCACUGUUUCUUCAGCGGACAUGUCAACUCCAAAACGGAAUUCCAAGCAGUCUUCAGUUUGUGCACUGGUCUUAUUGGAACGUUUAUGACCCACAAUGGGGAGUAUUUCUUAGAGCCUCUGAUACAAGCAGAUGGAGGAGAAUACGAAGAGGAGCACAACAAACCUCACCUCGUGUACAAACACGAGAGGAAGAGGAGCGACCCAGCCAGUAGCGACUCCAAACCUUGCGCAGCUUCAGAGGGAGAGAUAGAGAGAGAGAGACUACCCUUUCAUAACCAUAGUUCGGUGUGUGAGGUGAAAAACGUACGGGAAUCAGUGUCUCUUCAUCACUCCUCCUCCUCCUCCUCCUCCUCGUCGCUAUCCUACGCUAACGCCAGCCACGCGGCCCCCCACUCGCGGCGGAAGCGUUUCCUGUCCUACCCGCGCUUUGUGGAGCUCAUGGUGACCGCCGACACCAAGAUGGUCCGACACCACGGCCGCGACUUAGAGCACUACAUCCUAACAAUCAUGUCAGUAGUCUCUGCCAUCUACAGAGAUCCCAGCGUGGGGAACCUCAUCAACAUCCUGGUGGUGAAGUUAAUCGUCCUUCACAGUGACCAGGAGGGUCCGUCCAUCAGCUUCAACGCCGCCAACACCCUGCACAACUUCUGCGUGUGGCAGCAGAGCCAGAACGUGCCGGACGACAACCACCCGUCCCACCACGACACGGCGCUCCUCAUCACCAGGGAGGACAUAUGCCGGGCGAAGGACAAGUGUGACACGCUGGGGCUGGCCGAGCUGGGGACCAUGUGUGACCCGUACCGGAGCUGCUCCAUCAGCGAGGAGAACGGCCUGAGCGCCUCCUUCACCAUCGCACACGAGCUCGGCCACGUCUUCAACAUGCCCCACGACGACUACCCAAAAUGCAUGGAGGGGGGCAUCAAGCACCAGUACCACGUCAUGGCGCCGGUGCUGAACUACGACACCAGCCCGUGGUCCUGGUCCAAAUGCAGCCGCAAGUACAUCACAGAGUUUCUGGACACUGGAUAUGGAGAAUGUCUGCUGGAUGAGCCUGUUGGCAGAACAUACAACCUCCCUACCCAGCUCCCAGGCCAGCUCUAUGAUGCCAAUCGACAGUGUGAGCUCAUGUUUGGAUCAGGAUCCAGAAUUUGCCCCUUUAUGAAACCAUGCAAGCGGCUGUGGUGCACCAGUGCUGAGGGGGAUCAUAAAGGCUGUCGGACGCAACACAUGCCCCUGGCGGAUGGCACUGAUUGUGGACAUGGCAUGUACUGCAGGCACGGGAUGUGUGUGAAUCGUGAGCUGGACAUCAGGCCUGUGGACGGCGAGUGGGGCCCCUGGGGGCCCUACAGCGUGUGCUCCAGAACCUGUGGAGGAGGAACCAAGAGCACGGCCAGAGACUGCAACACACCCGAGCCCCGGAACGGCGGGAAGUUCUGCGUGGGGCGGCGGAUGAAAUUCCGCUCGUGCAACACGGUGCCGUGUCCGCGGGGUCGGAAGGACUUCCGCGAGGAGCAGUGCUCGCAUUUCGACGGCCGCCACUUCAACAUGAACGGCCUGCCCCCCACCGUGCGCUGGGUCCCCAAGUACAGUGGCAUUCUUAUGAAGGAUCGGUGCAAGUUGUUCUGCCGCGUCGCAGGGACAAUGGCUUAUUAUCAGCUGAAAGACAGAGUCAUCGACGGGACGCCUUGUGGUCCAGAAACAUACGACAUCUGUGUGCAAGGCCUCUGCAGGCAAGCCGGAUGUGACCACGUCCUCAACUCCAAGGCGAGGAACGACAAGUGUGGCGUGUGUGGAGGGGACAAUUCCUCCUGCAAAACCCUGGCUGGCACUUUCAACAACGCCCAGUAUGGUUAUAAUAUAGUGGUGCGCAUUCCUGCUGGGGCGACCAACAUCGACAUAAAGCAGGUCAGCUUCUCCGGGACGCCUGAAGACAACAACUACCUCGCCCUGUCCGACGGCCAGUCCAACUUUCUUUUGAACGGUAACUUUGUGGUGGCCAUGUUCAAGAGGGAGGUGAGCUUCAAAGGGACGGCCAUCGAGUACAGCGGCUCCAACACGACGACGGAGCGCAUCAACUGCACCGAGCGCCUCGAGGCUGAGCUCAUCCUGCAGGUGCUGUGCGUGGGGGACCUGUACAACCCAGAUGUGCGCUACUCCUUCAACAUUCCCAUCGAGGAGCACCGGGAGCAGUUUGUGUGGGACCCCUCCGGCUCCUGGCAGGAGUGCAGCAGUAUGUGUCAAGGUGAACGGAGGCGCAAAGCGGUGUGUGUGCGGAAGAGCGACCGCUUAGUGGUAUCGGAGCAACGCUGUGAACAUCUGCCCAGGCCUGGCAGCAUUACUGAUCCCUGCAAUACACACUGUGAGCUCAGGUGGCACGUGGCUGGGAAGAGCGAGUGCUCCACGAAGUGUGGGCCAGGCUACCGCACGCUGGAUGUCCAGUGCAUCCGCUACAGCCUGGCCAAGCAGCAGAGCGACCGCGUGGAGAGCAGGUCGUGCGCGGACGUCCCCAAACCCCAGACCAGAGAGCCCUGCCACGGGGACUGUCUGCUGAAGAGCUGGCAGUACAGCGCCUGGUCUCCGUGCUCUAAGAGCUGUGGCAGAGGCGCGCGCUCACGGGAGUCGUACUGCAUGAACAACCUGGGCCGCAGGCUGGUGGACAGAGAGUGCAGUGAGCACCAGAGGCUGGUCACCGAGAGCUGCAAUGACAUGCCCUGCCCUGGAUGGAGCGCCAGCGAGUGGAGCGAGUGUAUGGUGUCGUGUGGUAAGGGCCACAGGCACCGGCAGGUCUACUGUGUGUUGGGGGAGGAGAAGCUGAAUGACCACCACUGUGACGCCGGCUCUAAGCCCUCUCCUGUGGGCAGCUGUGAGCGCCCCGACUGUGCCUCCUGGCAGGUCGGAGUCUGGAGCGCAUGUGCCGUGACUUGUGGCCAUGGUUACCAGAUGCGGGCUGUGCGCUGUGUGUCCGGUCCCUACGGCAACACUGUGGAUGACCGUGAGUGUAAUGCAGCUGCCAGGCCCCGAGACAACCAGGAGUGCGAUCUGCCUGCUUGUCCACGUGCGGCCCCCGUCCUCAGUACAGCGAGGCCUGUAGCCCCUGGUCAGUUCCUCACGCAGUGGAGAUACGGCUCCUGGGCCACGUGUUCGGUGUCCUGUGGGAAGGGCAAGCGUGCCCGCUACGUGAGCUGCCGGGAUGCCCAGGGCGGCGUGGCAGACGAGUCCUACUGUGCCCACCUGCCCCGGCCACCAGAGACGUCCACCUGCUUCAGCCCCUGUGGCCAGUGGAGGGCCGGGGAGUGGUCUCCUUGCUCGGUGACAUGUGGAGUCGGUCAGUCCACCCGCCAGGUGGUGUGCAGCAACUACCACCAGCAGGUGGACGAGUCCUUCUGCCACCCGGAAGAGAGGCCCAGCACUGAGCAGGAGUGUGCGGCCAGCCCCUGUCCCUCCGCCUACCAGCCGCGCUCCAACAACCCGCCCUACUCGCCCCACGACCCAGGCUACCACCCCGGACACAGCGCCUGGAACGUCCCCUCGGCGGCCAACCAGUGGAGGACGGGGCCCUGGGGAGCGUGCUCCAGCACCUGCGAGGGCGGUUUCCAGCGGCGGGUGGUGGUGUGUCAGGACGCUGAGGGCCGCAGCACCAACUACUGCGACGAGCGCGUCAAGCCGGACGAGUCCAAGCGGUGCGACUCCGGACCCUGUCCACUCUGGAAUUACGGCAUCUGGGGCGAGUGCACGCAAACGUGCGGAGGAGGCAGGCGCACCCGCCUGGUGGUGUGCCAGCGACCCAACGGCCAGCGGCUGAACGACCACAACUGUGACGUGCUGGACAAGCCGCCCGACGUGGAGCCCUGCAACCUGCAGCCCUGCCCGGGCAGCGCUUCCUGGCACAGGAGACCGUGGAAGCCGUGCUCUGUGACCUGUGGCAGAGGGACCAAGCAGAGAGACAUCGCCUGUGUGCAGCAGAACCUCACCCAGAUAGAGGACGAGCACUGCAGUCACCUGUCAAGACCCAGGACGGAGAAGGCUUGCAGGGCUGGUGCAUGCCCCAGCUGGAAAGCCAACAGGUGGAGGGAGUGUUCUGUCACUUGUGGAAUCGGAGUGGAGAGCAGAGAGGUGUACUGCCGACUGAAGGGCUCCGGAAGAGUCGCCGCGGAGCUGUGUGAUGCCCGCCUUCGGCCCGCCACCACCCAGCCCUGCCUCUCCCCAGACUGCCACCACUACAUGUGGGCCGCCGAGGAGUGGCACGAUUGCAAUUCAACAUGUGGCGAGGGGACGAGGAGCAGAAACAUCUUGUGUGUGGACACAAGGAUGAACCCCAGUCACAGCAGCAUGUGUGACCCCUUAACAAAGCCUCCACUGCACCAGCCCUGUCACCGCUCUGCCUGCCAGUACAUGUGGAUGACGGGAGCCUGGACACAGUGCUCAGCCAGCUGUGGCGUCGGGUAUCAGCGGAGGAUGGUGUCCUGUUCAGCAGUGACCUCCUCGGCCGACCCACACCCCUACACCGCCCAGGCUCUCUCUGCCCACACCCAGUGCCCAGGGUCCAGGCCUCUGGACACCCAGCAGUGCCAGAUCAGGGAGUGCCCGGCCACCCCUCACUGGAAAGUUGGCCCGUGGAGCAAGUGUUCUCAGACGUGCGGCGCUGGGGUGAUGGAGCGGCGGGUGGAAUGCCUGACCACCAAACACCUCCCCUCCAAGGCCUGCAGCCCCUCCGAGAGGCCCGAGUCUAGGGCCGCCUGCCGCCUGAGAGAAUGUGAGGUGUUCUCAACAUGCCGAGAGGUGCAGAUGAGGGAGGGCUUGAGGAAGGACGGGGAACACUACCUGAAAGUCAAGUCCAGGAUUCUGCAGAUAUAUUGUGCUGAAAUGCACACCAGCUUUCCCAAGGAAUAUAUCACACUUCGCAGUGGCCAGACAGAUAAUUUCUCUGAGAUCUAUGCAUACAGGCUCCAGAACCCCUUUGAAUGUCCGUUCAAUGGCAGCAGACGGCAGGACUGCCAGUGCAGGAACGACUACCCAUCAGCGGGCUACACGCUCUUCAGCAGGGUGCGCCUGGACCUCGGCUCCAUGCGCGUAAUAACCACGGACCUGCAGUUCACCCAGACUGUGCUGGGUAGGCCGGUGCCCUUCGCCACAGCAGGAGACUGUUACAGCGCAGCCAAGUGCCCCCAGGGCCAGUUUAGCAUCAACCUCACCGGAACUGGUCUGAAGGUCGCCGAAGCAACCAAAUGGGUCUCCCAGGGCAACUAUGUCACAGUAAAGGUGCACAGGUCUGAGGAUGGCACCAGAAUCUACGGACGCUGCGGCGGUUUUUGCGGCAAGUGCAUCCCCCACCCGCACUCGGGCCUCCUCGUCCAGGUCCAGUGA